GCAACCUGCCCCACACACACCAAGCCUCUCCCAUUUACCCAACGAAUUCGACUCGCCGAAAAAUUCAAACACCAUGGCUCAACUGCUUCGCGGGUCCAACAUCAGCCAAGACAAGAUCUUCACCGAGUGCGAUGAGUCCCGCCGCAAAGUCAAGAUCAUCUGCACCCUCGGCCCCGCCUGCUGGAGCGUGGAGACCCUGGGCGCCCUCGUGGACGCGGGCAUGAACGUGGCCCGCCUCAACUUCUCCCACGGGGACCACGAGGGGCACGCUGGCACCCUCCAGCGCCUCCGCCAGGCCCUGUCCACCCGCCGGGGGAAGCACGUGGCCGUCCUCCUCGACACCAAGGGGCCCGAGAUCCGAACGGGUUUCCUCGCCAACAAGAAGUCGGCCGAGCUCACCAGGGGGCAGGAGCUGGAGCUCACCACCGACUACGACUUCCUGGGAGACAACACCAAGAUCGCGUGCUCGUACAAGUCGUUGCCGACCAGCGUUAAGGCCGGCAGCAAGAUCUUGGUAGCCGACGGGUCUCUGGUGCUCACCGUCAAGGAGUGCAAGGACACAUCUGUCAUCACGGAGGUGAUGAACAACUGCGUGCUGGGCGAGAGGAAGAACAUGAACCUGCCCGGCGCCAUCGUGGACCUUCCCACGUUGACCGAGAAGGACAUCAACGACCUCCAGGAGUUCGGGCUGGUGCACCAGGUAGACUACAUCGCCGCGUCGUUUGUGCGGAAGGCGGAGGACAUCGACACAAUCCGCAUGGUGCUCGGGGAAGAAGGCGCGCACAUCAAGAUCAUCGCCAAGAUCGAGAACCAGGAGGGGAUCCGGAACUAUGACGAAAUCCUCCUCAAGACCGACGCCAUCAUGGUGGCACGCGGGGACAUGGGGAUGGAAAUCCCCCCCGAGAAGGUGUUCUUGGCUCAGAAGUACAUGAUCCGGCGCGCGAACAUCGCUGGAAAGCCGGUCGUGACGGCGACGCAGAUGCUGGAGUCUAUGAUCAAGAACCCCAGACCCACCCGCGCGGAGUGCACAGACGUCGCUAACGCGGUGCUCGACGGCACGGACUGUGUCAUGCUCUCGGGCGAGACCGCUAACGGAGACUACCCGGUGGACGCGGUGACGAUGAUGUCGCGCACGUGCUGCGAGGCCGAGUGCGCGCUCAACUACGACAGCCUCUACCAGGCCAUGCGAAACACCGUGAUGAAGGAACCGAACUACGUGAUGGAGCCCGCGGAGUCGGUGGCGUCCUCCGCUGUGAAGACGGCGAUCGACCUUAGGGCCGCCAUGGUGGUGGUGCUCACGGAAACCGGUACCACGGCGCGCCUGCUGGCCAAGUACCGCCCGGAAGUGCCCAUCCUCGCUUUCACGGCCGCCGCUGACGCUGCCAGGCAAAUGAACGGGUACCUGAGGAACGUGCAGUCACAGGUGAUCGGUUCCAUGAUCGGCACGGACUCGAUCGUCUUCCGCGCGAUCGACAUCGGCAAGCAGAACGGCUGGGUCAAGCCGGGGGACAAGGUGGUGUGCAUCCACGGGAUGAAGGAGGCCACCGCAGGGUCUACCAACUCCAUGCGUGUUAUCAUUGCGGCGUAAAGGAGACCAGACGAGACGAAACGAGAGAGGGAGACCAACCCCGGUGUAUCGUGAUGCCAACCAUGUUUUGAUGGCUCCGCGACGGUGGAAAGGAGGUUACUGUAGGCCGGGGGGCACACGACGGCUCCUGUUGAAUGAAGUUUUGUCUCCUUGCAGUUGAGCCUUGUUGUCGAGAACAACUUAGGGGGGGGGGAGUGAAAGAGGGGAUACGUACAAUAGUUCAGGAGAUGUUCUUUUUUUCCGUUUCUUGCUCCGCGUAGAUGCCAAGGCUGACGUACACCGGUGGUCACGAGCGCAUACGUGCGCGGCUCGAGAAUAUCUCGCUUUCUUUCUUUGCGACGAGAGCACACACACAGGCGACGUCCCCCCCCCCUCACGCUGCCCGCGUGUGUAGAAAAGUCCAGACAAGGUGGGAACAAAUAUGUCCUGUUUGUUUGGUAUCAAAUGGCUCGCUGGCCGAGGCGCUGUUGCAGCAGACCAUACUGUGUAUGGUAAACAGCGUGCUAUCGUUAGACGCUGUUGCGCGUAAUUGUUGUUGGUGUCGUGUCUGGGCGGGAAGGGACACGGGAUAGCUUGCUAGAAGUUGUUCCUGAGAUAGGGGGUGGGUGGUUAGUGGCGAAGCUGGCGGAGAUGAGAUGUUUGUUUUCCAAUGCCUUUGAGGUUGAUAAUUCUUCGGGGAGAAAAAAGUUUGGAAUAUCGCCUCGAGUUUGGUCGUAGUUUCUCUGGUUAGAAAGCUGAUGACUGCUGCAGGCAUUCAUUCACGCAACCCUCUGGAUGCGAUGGACCUUUUGGAAAUAUGUUCAAAGUUCUCUGUCCGGACCAGAAUUUGGAAAAAUUCCAUAGGGAAGCUCUCUCUCUCUCCAACCAGGGACAAAAGACCAUGUGAAUGUUCUCGUGCAUUUGUUCCACCGAAUCCGCCUGGGCACGCGCUUGCUGUAUACCUACCGUCCUUGCCUGAGGUAAGACGGGAUUGGGAGAUCAAUGAAGGACGAUGACGCCGGGCCAACAUUUUGUUUCCUCAUUUAAUCAUCUCUGCUACCCAUUGCUGCACGUGGUUUUGUCGUGGACGAUGAAAUAUUUUGUGGUGCCC